UCUGCCAGCCUGGAUCGCACAGAGCCCUGCUUUCUGGAACCUCGGGGGACAAGAGGAGGUGACCUCGGUACACUUCUCGAGUCCCCGUCUCCCGGCUCUCCUCCCGGUCCCCGGCCCGCGCCCCAGCCGACCGCAUGGUGCUUCUGGCGGGGCCCGGGCCGGAGGGCGGCGGAGGGCGCUGCGUGUCUCCGCAGCCGCCGUCCUCACCUCGGGAAACGAAGACCAGUGAAGACCCCAGUGACUACGAGGAGUACGAGGACUUCUCGCGUCUGCCCGACACCCAUAGCAUCGCCUCGGACGACUCCUUCUACCCUACCCUGAGCGAGGAGGAGUACAGUGCCGGGAGCGUGGAGAGCAUUCUCGAGGGAGUCCCAGAGGGCGUCCCGGAGGCGGCAACCCUUCUGCGCGCCGCCUGCGCCAACAACGUGGGGCUGCUGAGAGCGCUGGUGCGGCGGGGACCCCGCGCAGAGGAGGUGCAGGAGACCGAUUCGAACGGCCGGACUGGCCUUAUCGUCGCCUGCUACCAUGGCUUUGUGGAUACUGUGGUGGUCUUAGCAGAGUGUCCCCACAUUGAUGUCAACUGGCAGGACAACGAAGGGAACACGGCCUUAAUCACAGCUGCACAGGCAGGGCACGCCACCAUCACCAACUACUUGUUGAACUACUUCCCUGGUCUGGACCUUGAAAGGAGGAAUGUGUUUGGGUUCACGGCCCUGAUGAAAGCUGCCAUGCAGGGCCGAAUGGAGUGCAUCCGAGCCCUGAUGCUAGCAGGAGCAGAUGUCCACGCAAGGGACCCCCGCCGUGGGAUGUCACCCCAGGAGUGGGCCAUUUACACGGGGCGGUUUGAAGCAGCGCGCCUCAUCCAGAGGCUGCUGGAGCGACCCUGCCCCGAGCAGUUUGGGGAAUGGUACAGGCCAGAGCUACUGCUGCCCCUUGAGGGGGCUUCGAGGCCUGCGGACUCCAAAACCUGCUUGCAGAGGCUCAGCAAGUUUAUGCGGUCCACGCUGACUUCCCGCUCGCGCCGGGGCCUGGAGGAUGGAGGGGCCCUGGACCACAUGGUCAGGAUGACUACCAGUCUCUACAGUCCUUUUGUGGCCAUCGCCUGCCACACUGUGUGCCCUGAGAACCCCCCUUGUGUGGGGAAAAGGCGGCUAGCGGUGCAGGAAAUCCUGGAGGCUCCUGGGGCCCUGGACACCUAUGUCCAGGAGAGGGACAAGGCGGAGGGCACCAAGGAGCAAAUCCGGACCUCCCACACCGUGAGCAUCUCCAGAGAGGGGGCCCUGAGAGCCAGCCUCCCAUCUCCUCAGCAGCCAGGUGCCCCACGGAAGGCCAGCCUCCUGCCCCUACAGCUGCUAAGGAGGAGCAGCGUGCGGCCGGGCUUGGUCAUCCCCAGGGUGCGCAUCACCAAGGCGCCGGCGCCCACCUUCCAGCCCGAGCGGGCGCACGCGAAGGGCAGCACCAAGGACAGCUCCCACCUGCAGCUCCCCAAGUGGAGGUACAAGGAGGCCAAAGAGGAAAAGAGGAAGGCGGAAGAGGCGGAGAGGCAGCGGGCGGCGGCAGCGCAGAAGGAAAGGCGAGUGGCGCCCUGGAGGAAACGGACGUGAGGAGAGCCGGGUCUGAGUGAGGCGCCACCCGGAGCCCCGAGAGGGGUCCGCGGGGACGCUGCGGGGCUCCGCUCCAGGAAGGGUGCGCCUCCCGCCCGCCCUCGCUGCUCAGGGCCCUCCGGAACAGUACCCUCUGCGGGGCCCGGAAAGCUAUCCGUGUUUGUUCAGGCUGCACCCAGGAGUGGUCUGGGCGCAACACAGAUUGCUUUGCCUAAAACCAGUUCCCCUAGCAAUCAAUACACCUAGUAGGCAAUUUGCCUAAAUGUCUGCCUUUAGAACAAGAAAAUUUUUAAAAUCAAUUUAUCCAAGGGUGAUUUCUGUAUAAUAUUUUAAUCAUGAUCAAAUUUUCAACAUUUUACUGGUGGUGGGGCUGUUUGUAUUUAAGACAGUUUUAAUGCACUUUUCUGAAGAUCCUUUGUUUAAAAUACUGUUUCUAGCAAUAACUGUGAUAUCUCUCUGAUUUCAUAUGGAAUUUGUGAAAUUCUCCCCCGUUUUGCUCUUUUUGAUCUUGCCUUUCCUUCUCAUCUUGGGUGGAUGUAACCCUGUAUGUUCUUUUUAAUUUGAUUAAGUGAUGCCAAAUAUUUGUUUCUAUUUGAUGGAGGCAUUUUUACGCAAAAUGAUCAAGUGAGACAGGAAUCAGAUUUCUUUGUAUCAUAUUUUUUAAGCUCUUAUUUAUACAGUAAUAAUAGUGAAGAAAAACCUAUUGUCAAAGCAUGAAAUGGUGCAUAGAGAAAUGUGUAUUUAUUGCUACAACUAACCUCAUUUUAAGCAAGAGAUUUUAGGUAAGCCGGAUAUAAAAUCUUUACCAUGUUCAAAAAUAGAUAGAAGAGGAAAAACUUUUUAAUAAAAUGGGAGCAACUCUAACAAAUUAUUAUUAGAAAUACAAAAUUCAGUCAUGUGCUCUUUGAUAAAUUGAAUUCAAUGUUCUUAAAAUAGGAAAAAAAGGCAAAAAGAAUAAGGAACCCAGAGUGAAAACCAGUGAAGUGGAGGGUGAUGCUGUCAUCUAGAGGAACAGGGAUUAGAGUUGGCUGUGAAGCGCCCUCCUGCUAGGCAAACUCUCUGCGAGCGAGCGGGCUGCCAGGCUCCCUCCCCCAGACUCCGCUCCGGAGAUUUCCUGAUGUGAACUUUUAUUUUUCCUUUGAUAACUGCUCCGAGGUUCGGUUCGUCCUCAUAUUGACUUUGUAGGGUUUCUAAGAUGUGGGGACUUUGGCAGAGCAUGGACGUGACUUGCCCUGGGCCCCAAGCUCUCAGUGGGACUUUCUUGUCCAUAGGUUUUUUGUUUUUUGUUUUUAAAUCUGUAAAGCACUGAAAAAUUCUACUGGCCGUGUGGGUUGUAGAGUAUGUCACAUAUGCACUACUGACAGCACUUUAUUUAAAUAGUAUCCUGCUUGGAAGCUCUAGAUUUAAAAUGUUACAGACUGAAUUAGAAGGUCUUUAUUAUAAUCCCGGAUUCGUAGGUCAAAGCGUGCUCCCCGGCUCCUUGGGGGCCAAUGCCUGGCUGCCUCAUGCUGCAAGUGGGAGCAGGAUUGGCCUCCCCUGUUUCUUCCCGCUCAGCACCAUCAGGCAUUGAGUGAUCAGGGGUCUCACACUUACCUCGCAAAGCCCUCCAUAUUGCCUAGUGCACCUGAACUGAUGGGGAAUAGUUGUGAUAAUUCAGCUUUGAAAGCCAGACUGUAGUGAGUUCCUUCCUUAUCUCAGAAAGGGAAAAUAAGAAUGGCACAGAGGUCUGUACCCACUGUGAGCAUCACUGGUAGUAGUUGGUUGCAGGUGCCCCUUAUGCCCAAGAGCUCGGAUUGGCCAAGCUCCCU